CCGGGCCGCGUGGGGUGGGGAUCGGUGAGCAGGGACCGCGGGGAAUGUGGCGCAGGCGGUGGCUCCGGAGUCUCUGGCUCUGUCUGCUGCGCCGCAGGCGGAACAAGGGGCCAGGGUGGUGCGUUCAGCAGGGGAAGUCCCUGAGCCCGGGCAGGGCCCAGCACCCCGUGGCGCUCCCCACUGGCUCUCGGUAUAAUUUUCUCCCAGAGCCUGGGAAGUGAGACUCCGCUGGGGCUGGCGUCUGUCGUGAGUUGUCCCUGGUUCGUGCUUCGCAGCCUGGUGAGGGGUCUGGAUCCGGCCGAAGACUCGCCCUCCUUGGCGAGGGGUGGGAGGGACGGCGCCACUGGGGCGUCUGGGGCGGCCGCUGGGUAGUUCGCGUUCACUUUCGGGGAACUGGGGCAGCGGGGUCACCGAGUGAGGGUAGGGAACGGCGCGUCCGGCUUCGGCUCCUGAUCCUGCCGGAGGCGCCCUGGUCUCGGGCCUUAAUCUGCCCCGCAGACCUUGCUUUCAAAAACCGAGACUCGCUAAGCAGCCGAGUCCUCAGCGCCCCGAGAGCAGCGCCUGCUCCCGCAACCCGGGGCCGGCUCUCGCGCCUCCGGUGCGCAGCUGGGCCCGGGCUGGGCCUCGGCGGAUCACGCCACGGGCGAUGGAGGCCAUUGCGGGGAUUGUGGCCGCUGCCGGCCCUCGGCGGAACUCCAGGGCUGCGACCGAGUAGCCGUGGCCUAAGCGAGGGCUGCAAAAGUCUCGAAUUUAAACGUUAAAGGGUGAAUUAAAAUGCUAAUUACCGCGUAUUUGAAGAAUUCGAAACGGUGACUGGCUUCUGAGUUGCAAAUUGGAUUUGCAGAGCUUUAGAGCGGUGAAUAGCGGAGUGGGGCUUUGGGGUGUUUUUUUAACCAUAUAAGGGCGGGGACGAGGGAGUUGGGGGAGGCGGUGGCACUUGAAGCAUCCAGAGAAAUUUAGAUAUCAAGAAACUACCUGUAGGCCUGUGUGCGCACACGUCUAAGUGUGUGUGCAUCUGUGCGCGCCGUUCUGGAACAUUUAGGGGAAGAUAAGUCAUUUUAGGAAGGGCGCGCCCUACGACGCUCACACGACCGGGAUGACGGGCGCCAUCAGCUACCACCCGUACGGCAGCGCGGCCUACCCGUACCAGCUCAACGACCCGGCGUACCGCAAGAACGCCACGCGGGACGCCACGGCCACGCUCAAGGCCUGGCUCAACGAGCACCGCAAGAACCCCUACCCCACCAAGGGCGAGAAGAUCAUGCUGGCCAUCAUCACCAAGAUGACCCUCACGCAGGUGUCCACCUGGUUCGCCAACGCGCGCCGGCGCCUCAAGAAGGAGAACAAGAUGACGUGGGCCCCGAGGAACAAAAGCGAGGAUGAGGAUGAGGACGAGGGCGACGCGGCGAGGAGCAAGGAUGAGAGCCCCGACAAGGCGCAGGAGGGCACUGAGACGUCGGCGGAGGACGAAGGGAUCAGCCUGCACGUCGACUCGCUCACGGAUCACUCCUGCUCGGCCGAGUCGGACGGGGAGAAGCUACCGUGCCAUACCGGGGACCCUCUGUGCGAAUCGGGCUCAGAGUGCAAGGACAAGUAUGAGGACCUGGAGGACGACGAGGACGACGAGGAGGAGGGCGAGCGGGGCCUGGCGCCGGCCAAGCCCGUGACCUCCUCGCCGCUCACCGGCGUGGAGGCGCCGCUGCUGAGCCCCGCGCCGGAGCCCGCACCCCGCGGGGGCAGCGGCGGCAAGACGCCCCUGAGCAGCCGGACGUCGCCAGGCGCGCCGCCGCCCGCCAGCAAGCCCAAGCUGUGGUCGCUGGCCGAGAUCGCCACGUCGGACCUGAAGCAGCCGAGCUUGGGCCCGGGCUGUGCGCCCCCGGGGCUGCCCGCGGCCGCAGCGCCCGCCUCGUCCGGGGCCCCGCCCGGCGGCUCGCCCUACCCCGCCUCGCCGCUGCUCGGCCGCCACCUCUACUACACGUCGCCCUUCUAUGGCAACUACACAAACUACGGGAACUUGAACGCGGCGCUGCAGGGCCAGGGGCUCCUGCGGUACAACUCGGCGGCCGCGGCCCCCAGCGAGGCGCUGCACGCGGCGCCCAAGGCGGCCAGCGACGCGGGCAAGGCGGGCGCGCACCCGCUGGAGCCCCACUACCGGCCCCCGGGCGGCGGCUACGAGCCCAAGAAAGAUGCCAGUGAGGGCUGCACCGUGGUUGGCGGGGGCGUCCAGCCCUACCUAUAGAAGGGCCAGCGCAGCGUGCAAGUAAGUGGGCACCCUGGUGCUUCCCACACCCCGGGGAGCCUCCCAGCACCAACCGCACCGUACACUCACCCGCUUAAUGUGUUUUCCUUGCUUCUUGUCAUGAGGUUGGAAGAUAGAGCAUUUCAAUCUCCUUUGACCUUUUCUCUCUUAAAGGGGGAGAGUGUGUGUUCUGUUUUGUAGAUUCCCUAUUUCUGGCUCAAGUUCUGUUUGAAGAGUCAUUCCUUAAACUGGAGUAUAUAUAUCGCAACACUGCUGUUCUUUUUCUCUUUGAAAAAAAUAGAUGAUUAAAAUCUGGGCAUUCGAAUGCAAUUUGGAGCCAGUUUUACUAUGCUAGACACAUACUAGGCGCGUGCUUUGGUGGGCUAGCGCCACUGAAACUCGAAGCUCAGAGACCUUCCUAGGUGGUGUUUACAGGCUAAGACUGAAGAGACAGAGGAGUGCUAGAAUUUAUCAGCCCUGCCCACCCGCAUGUCCACAUGGACCAGACAGGACUCUGAAGUUCUCCUGGCUCACAUCAGUUUCUCAAAAAAUAUGUUGCUUUACAACUAGACAAAAUCACUAAUCACAGAUCUUGAAGAUGGGAGAGGUGGAGCCAUUUCUGAUCAACUCAUUUCCUAAUGUGAUGGUGCCAGUGUGGAACUGAAGGAUUUGGGAUGAUAUGGUUUUUUCCUUGGUCCACAGGUAGGUGUCACAAUUGCUUUGGAAAAAAAAAAAAAAAAGUCAGCAGGCCAUUCUCCCUUCCCGAGCUCAUAAACACACAGACACAAACGCCAGAUCUCUAAUCCGGACCACAUCUAGUGCCGCUGUAAACGAGAAGGACCCGCCCAGCACUGUCCGCCCACAGACUCUAGCGAGUGGAACAGACUAUUGUUGGACAUACGUGAAUUUGUUGGCAUAGUAUAGCUUUCCCAAUGUAUGUGUGACUCUUGGAAACAAUCUGUUUUUCUCAGGAUAUCUUGAAUUGAUCACUUCAUUGCCACGGUAUAUAUAUUCUAUAGGUGUGAUAGGAUUUACUGUAAAGUUUAUUUGUAAAAGAUGUACACAGUAGGAAAAAAAAUGUGAUUGAAGAACUUGAGUACUUCAGAAGUGGAAACAAAUUUGAUAUUUAUUUUUAUAAUGAUAUAAAGCUUCUAGUAAUUUAUGCAAGUUGUAUUGCAAUGGAAUCUAAACUUUUUGUAAAUAAAUUCUGCCUGGUUUUUAUUUGAACAUUGCUGGUUAUACAAUCUUUGUUGGUUGUUUAACAUGGAUUCUUUACUAAUUUAUAUCUUAAAUUGUAAAUAAAAACAGACUAGUCUACAAUAA